GUCACCUUCCUCUCUCUCUCUCUCUCUCUCUCUCUAAAUAUAGAUAUAUAUAUUUGUGUAUGUAUAUAGAUAUUAUAUUUCCCUGUUUCACUUUCAGCAGGGAAUUACAGGAAUCAAAAUUAUGCUAUAUUUAUAUUCUGUUGAGCAUCAAAGGGGAAUAUUUUAGUUGAAGAAGGUUUUUGUCGAUGGGGAAUUGCUUCGGAUCUGAAUUACCUGCUCCUGACCCAAACCCUAGUUCAACUAAUCCUAGUAACUUAACCAGACCCUCAACAGCAGGGACAUCGCGUAGCUACAGCAAUGGGGAUGGGGUUUCAGGGGCAAGCCAAUUCUCAGCAGCUUUAAGUGAUGACACGUGUCAGGGUGUGGGGGGAGAUAUAUUGGCGAUUUCGAAUUUGAAAAUAUACAGCUACUCGGAUUUGAGGAGUGCAACGGGGGGUUUCAAAUCGAAUACGGUAUUGGGGGUGGGUGGUUUUGGGACUGUGUAUAAGGGAUGGGUGGACGAGAAGACUCUCGCGCCUUGUAAACCCGGUACCGGAAUCUUGGUUGCUAUCAAGAAGCUCAACCAUGAGAGUAUUCAGGGUUUUGCGGAGUGGCAGUCAGAAGUAAACUUCUUAGGAAGGCUGUCGCAUCCAAACUUGGUAAAACUGUUGGGGUACUGUUGGGAAGAUAAAGAGCUUUUACUCGUUUACGAGUUUAUGCAAAAGGGAAGCCUCGAAAACCAUCUCUUUAGAAGAAUUGGUGCUGUUGAACCGUUGUCGUGGGAUUUACGUCUCAAAAUAUCUAUAGGGGCAGCAAGAGGCUUGGCUUUUCUGCACACUUCAGAAAAGCAAAUUAUUUACCGAGACUUUAAGGCUUCCAAUAUUCUUCUUGAUGGGAGUUACAAUGCAAAAAUAUCGGAUUUCGGCUUAGCGAAAUUGGGGCCUUCAGGUGGGGAUUCUCACGUAACAACUCGAGUUAUGGGGACUUACGGUUACGCUGCGCCCGAGUACAUUGCUACAGGGCACUUAUAUGUGAAGAGUGAUGUGUAUGGGUUUGGUGUGGUGCUGCUUGAGAUGCUGACGGGGUUGAGAGCACUUGAUACGACACGGCCAAGCAAUCGGCAUAAUUUGGUUGAAUGGGUAAAACCAUUUCUCUCACAAAAACGGAGAUUGAAAACAAUUAUGGAUGCUCGAAUACAAGGUCAAUAUUCAACAAAGGCAUCACUAGCGGCUGCUCAGCUUAGUCUUAGAUGCUUGGAAAACGAGCAAAAGAAACGGCCUUCUAUGAAAGAAGUUGUCGAAGUGUUGGAACAAAUUGCUGCUUUUGAAAAACCUAAACAGUUAGCCACUAAAUCAGCACCUUCUUCUGCUUCGUCGUCUCGUCACCGCUCUCAAUUAUCACCUAGAUCUCAUCCUCACCAAAAGUAAUUGACCACCCUUAUUUUGGCAAGCUGAAGGUGUGUGCUUUUUUUUUUUUUUAAUCAUUAUUUAAUACAAUUAAUAUUAUUUGAACAUAUGGUCAAUUCUUUCGUGAGGAAUUCUUUUGAGGUAGCUACUGAAGGUGUCUGUCUAUCUUUGACAUUGAUUUAAUGUGUUGUAAUUUGUAAAAUAUAUAAUGAGGAUGUAUUCAGUGAUUUGUUAGUCA